UGUAUACAUGGUCGGAUUCCACUUUACUCCUAAGCUAUCUAACCAAGCUAUCUAGGUGGUGACGAGAUACUCCACUGAUGUUUGAUAGAGCCAGGCAGGUUCAGCUCUAACUGCAAUUUGAUUAGAGUUUAUUGUACACCAAACUGCAACAUGUCAGAUACUAUUCCUGCGAUACCCACUCAGACCCCGGUAGCUAGCUCUACCCAGUUACCCACUGCGGCCAUUGUGUGCAUAGCUGUAGGUGGCUAUGUGGUGCUGGUAGUUAUCAUUUUGGUGCUAAGACAGUGUUGUUUGGCGCGUGGUAUGUGUGGGCAGUGGGAAUUGUGUGGAAAGGAGGAACAGCCCCAGUGCUGUGAAUGCUGCAUCAGCCUGUCUGAGUCAUGUGACUGCUGCAAGAGCCCCAGUGUAACCAGUUGCCUGGACUCGGUCUGUCCUAACAGAAAGGAUGCCCAAGCUUGUUUGUUCUGUAACUGA